AUAAAUAGGAGCUAAUCCAAUAUUCUGUAGAAACGUUUUUUUUUUUUGACUUUUUAUUUCUUUUAUGGUUUAAUUGCAAAAAGUUUCUUUAUCUUAGUGCUUUUCCUUUCUAUUUAAUAUUUCACUUUUAAUAUGGAAAAGAUUAGAGACCUUGUCUUCAAGGAUUCUCCUGCCACGGACGAUCAUUUUGAAACCAAGACUGAAUUCGGAGCUUCGGAUGUUCAAGCUUUGAAUCUUUCGAUUUCCAAAUCGAACGAAUUCGAUCCGAUCACUACUAAUGGUGCUUUGGACGAAGUUAUUGCCGAUGAUGGAUACGCUGCUGUUCAUGUUGAAGAUGAUUCUCCAUACCCAGAAGUGCGUUCUGCUGUGCCAUCAACAGAUGACCCAAGCUUACCUCAAAACACCAUUCGUAUGGUUGUUAUUGGGUUUAUUUUGACUACCAUUGGUUCCGGGAUGAAUCUUUUAUUUUCUCUUCAUUCGCCAAGUUUAACCAUUUCUACUUAUGUCACAUCGAUUUUGGCAUAUCCAAUCGGUAGAGCAUGGGAAAAAAUUGUUCCAAAUUGGACGGUUUUUGGCUUACCUUUAAACCCCGGUCCUUUCAAUUUGAAAGAACAUGCUAUCGUUACCAUUAUGGGUUCUGUUUCCUUUGGUGGGGGGACUGCUUAUGCUACUGAUAUUCUUCUUGCUCAAAAUCAGUUUUAUAAAAGUGAUUUCGGAAUUGGUUACUCCCUUUGUAUGAUUUUAUCAACUCAAUUAAUCGGUUUGAGUAUGGGUGGUUUAGCUAGAAAGUUUUUGGUUGAACCAUCAAGUGCUAUUUGGCCAGCAAACUUGGUCACUUCUACCUUUUUAACUAAUAUGCAUAUCAAUGAAAACCAUCCAGCUAAUGGUUGGAGAAUUAGUCGUUUGAAAUUUUUCUCCGUUGUUUUCAUUUGUUCUUUUAUCUGGUACUUUUUCCCAGGCUACAUUUUUCAAUUCUUCUCUUAUCUUUGCUGGUGUGUCUACAUUAAACCAUCAAAUAUUGUUGUUAAUCAAAUCUUUGGUGCAUCGACUGGAUUAGGUUUAUUACAACCAACUCUUGAUUGGAAUCAAGUUAGUGGUUAUAUUGGAUCUCCAUUAAUCCCUAAUGCAACCGUUAUGUGGACUGUUUUGGCCUCAAUUGUUAUAAUCUUUUGGAUAAUUACUCCUAUCUUAUACUAUAAAAAUGUUUGGUACUCUAGAUCUUUCCCAAUUUCAAGUUCCGAUAGUUACGAUAGAUUUGGUCAAGAUUAUGAUGUUAGCAAAAUUGUUAAUGUUGAUACUUUAACUUUUGAUAAAACUGCUUAUCGUGAAUAUUCUCCACUUUUCUUAUCAACUACUUUUGCCAUUUCAUAUGGUCUUUCCUUUGCAUCAACUACUGCUACCAUUGUACAUACUAUUUUGUUCCAUGGUAAAGAUAUUGUUCGUCAAUUCAAAUCAGAAGAAAAACCAGAUGUCCAUUUAAGAUUAGUAAGAAAAAGUUACAGAGAAGUUCCAUGGUGGUGGUAUUUCAUUCUUUUCCUUAUUUCAUUUGCUUUAAGUAUUGCCACUAUCCGUGCUUGGCCAACUGAAAUGCCAGUUUGGGGUUUAAUUGUUGCUUUAAUUAUCGCUGGUGUCUUCCUUUUACCAGUUGGUAUCAUUUAUUCUCAAACUAAUAUCGCUGUCGGUUUAAACGUUAUUUCUGAAUUGAUUGUUGGUUAUAUGAUUCCUGGUAAGCCUCUUUGUAUGAUGCUUUUCAAAACAUUCCUUUACAUCACUAAUAAUCAAGCAGUUUUAUUUGCUCAAGAUAUGAAAUUAGGUCAGUAUAUGCAUAUUUCUCCAGUAACUACUUUUGUUGCCCAAGCUCUUGCUACUGUUUGGUCUUGUUUUGUUCAACUUGGUGUUUUGAGAUGGGCUUAUGGUGCUAUUGACAAUCUCUGUGAUCAACAUCAAGCAAGUGGUUAUACUUGUCCUAAUGGUAGAGUUUUCUUUAAUGCGCUGAUUAUUUGGGGUGUUAUUGGACCUAAACUUUCCUACUCUGCUGGUCAAAUUUACCAUAAUUUGACUUAUUUCUUUUUAAUUGGUGCAGUCUUACCAGUUAUUAUUUGGGCUAUCAGAAAGAAGUACAGCAAGUUCCCAUUAAUCAACACUCCAGUUUUCUGGUCUGCAACUGGUUAUAUUCCACCUGCAAAUUGUUUUAACUACUUCAACUAUUCUUUGGUUGGUUUAAUUUUUGGUUUCUUUAUCAAAAAACGUUAUUUUGCUUGGUGGUCUAAAUAUAAUUAUAGUUUAUCAGCUGGUUUAGAUAUUGGUCUUGCAUGGCUGAUGUUGAUGAUUUUCUUAUGUUUAAAUUUAACUAAUGCAAAAUUCCCAACUUGGUGGGGUAAUUCUGUUAUCGAAACUCCUGAUUAUUUGGGUACUGCUAUCAGUGAUCCAAUCCCAUCUGGUGGAUCGGUUGGUCCUUCUCUGUGGUAAGAGUGAUGUUAUUCUCUUGAUAUGAUUUCUUUUCAAAUAUAAUUUAUGUAAAUAUAUAGGCUUUACUUCUAAUAAUUUUGUUAUCAAUAUAAGGCGAUAAUUUUUAAUGAACAUUGAGUGUUCCCUGUAUA